CAACCAAUUUCUAAACAAUGUAGAAAACUACAUGAAACUACAGAAGACCAUCUUGAAAAAUUCAAGAAUGUGAGCAGCUCAUUAGCACCUCAACUUAGUGAAAAACAAAGACCUCUUUUGGAGAAGGAAGUCAUUGAGAUUGAAAACAGAGUACUGAUGGUACUUUCCACAUUAAAAGAGAAUGUAGAAUAUUUGGAACAUACCACUGAAAAAUGGACAAAAUUCAACUUUAAAUUGGAAAGUUUUGUCUCGCAUACAGAUGACAUAAUUGAUAGAUUGAAGGAAAUUCUUUCUGAAACAUCUCCUCCUGAAGACAGAUUAAGGAAACUAGAUGAACUCCAUGCAGAGAUAUGCGAGCAGAAGCAAGUGUUACUGAACCUGGAAACUGAAAGCAAGGAGUUGGCUCAGGAUCAACCAGAGAGUGCCAAUGUGAAGAAAAUAAUUGGCCAGUUGACGAAUUUGAAGGAUAGACUUCAAACUUUAGAAGAAACUAUCAUCACCCAGAGAAAUAUAAUAUCUAAGAAUCUCGAAGCAUUAAGUAGCUUGAAGGAUAUACUUAGAGCAGAACGAGAUGAACUGAGAACUGCAGAGUUGAGAGUGGAAGCUGGUAUCCCCACACCUACUACUUUAAAGGAAGCAAAGGAAAAGAAAGCUGAUGUUGUAAAAUUCUGUGAUCAUUGUCACAGUAAAAUAAGUUAUUUGUCUGAUGUUAGUACACAAACAAGUGAUACAUUAACUGAUGCUGCCAUCCAGACUGAAUUCAUAGAAAUACAAGACCAAUGGGAAAAUAUUGCUGAAACAAUACAGCAAUGGAUUGAACAAUUACAAGUCAUAGUUGCUCUUUGGGAAGGCGUUACCAUUAAAUUAGAAGGUAUUUUAAAAUGGCUAGAUGCGACAGAAACAAGUGUGAAAAGUGUAACAUCUGUUGACACUGUGAACAUCUCAAAAUUAGAAGAGCUAAAACUGAAAUUAAAGACUUUGGCAUCAGGAAUUGAUGAACAACGUGGCAUUCUCCAGAAGGCAAAUGAAGAUAUUGAUGAACUGUCCAAACAUCUGUCACCGAAAGCUGUUAUGUCUCUUCAUGUGCAAACUUCAGAUCUCCAGAAACGCAUUGAUGAACUUGGUGACACAAUCCGUGUACAGAUGAUACGUUUGGGUUCGUUGGUGGCUGAGCAAGAACAACUUCUGAAAACUAUUGACAGUUUUACCAAAUGGGAAGAAGAUGUUAAACUUCAGCUGAAUAAAUAUGAUGAUAUUUUUGUGGACCAGAUUGAAGCAGUCUUGAAAAAAAUCCAGAUAUUGAAGAUUGAAAAUGAUGCUAGGCAAGUUGAUUUCAACAAUAUUUAUGAAGAAGUAAAGAAAUUAAGAGAUUCAUAUGAUUCAUCUGAAAUUGAACAAAUUACAUCACUGUAUUCUAGACUAUCUGAACUCUAUCAAAAAACUGAAGAGUUUCUAUCAAGGAAACAGAAACUUCUUGAAAAAUUUCUAGAUUUUGAAGCAUGGCAGAAAGAUAUGUGUGAACAUAUUGAGCUUCUGAUGCAUAAAAUUGGUGGUAAAAAGUACACUUCAAAAGAAUUGCACAGUAUAACAGAAGAAUUUUCUAAACUUCAACGGGAAUUUGAUAAAAAGUCCAGUGAAGUGGUUAAUCUUGAUGAAUUUGCACAAAAAGUGAAUCAGAUUAUUAGGGACAGAGUGACUUCUACACCUGUUACAGCUGCUGAUCGUUUAGCUCACAUUCAAGAUCUUCUUAAAUGUGUGAAUGAAAUAUUAAAGAAAGAGGAAGAAGGAGUACAAAAGUUAGAUAAAAAAUGGGCAGAAUUUAAUGAAAAAUAUUCAUCACUAUGUAAGUGGCUUUCAAAUGUGGACCGAAAAAUUGAAGAUUUGCAUUCUGAUUCAUCCACAGUAGCCAAUUUUGAAAAACAACUGAAAACCUUACAGGAUCUUCUGAGAGAAAUGGAUAGUCAGUCUACUAAUUAUACAAAUAUACAUCAUCUGGGACGUUCAUUGAUUGAAGAAGACUCUUCAUCAUUUACUACUAUUCAAGGCUUUCUUACAGCUUUGGACAAGCAGUGGGAACAAAUAUCAGCAGAACUUACACAGAAAGAGAAAUCAGUAGGUCAUCUUAUGCAGUUGUGGAAGGAAUGCUAUUCUCUUCGAGAUCAGUUAAAUGAGGCUUUGAAUAAUGCAUCACAAUCUGUAAAGCCUCAUUCUUUUGUGCCAUGUGACUCUGUACAAGUUUCAAAGUUACUAGAGAAUGCUAAGGCUGGAAAUGAUGUUCUUAAAUCCCAUCGGUAUGAAAUGGACAAUUACAAGCAAAAAUGUAAAGAGCUAUUGGAACAACUAGAAGUUAUCGAAAAAUUUGAUAAAUCUGGUUUAGUGCAGACUUCUGCGGAAAUCCAUAACAAAUGGAAAGAUACAUGCUCAAAAGUUGAAACUCAGCUUCUAAAUUUAGAAUCACAAAUGGUGUUUUGGCAACAAAUUGAAUUUAAUAAAGAAGAAGUAAUUGCCUGGGCAAUUGAAAUGUGUCGAUGCCUUGAUGAAUGCAUUAAUAAUUUUGAAAGCAAAGAGAAAGCUCAACUUAUUUUAGAUCGAUAUAGGUGUGAACUAAUUUCUUAUUCUGAAAUGAAAAAUGAUGUCUUCAAGAAAAUAGAAUCAUUACAAAAGUUGAACAACAGUGUUGAGAUUCCAACUUUAACUUCUUUGAAAAGUGUUAUUCAGAAUCACUUUGAAGAAGUAGCAAAUCUGGCUUCCAAACUGGAAGGGUGUAUUAAAGAACUUGGUGCAGAGGAAGAAGAUGUUAGAAAAGAACAACAACAGUUGAGUGAAUGGUUACGUCUUAUGAGAGAAGCUGUGUCAAAAUGUGAAGAUAUAUCUGCUGAUGAUGAAACUAUUCUUCAAAACUAUGAAAACUGUAAGCAACUUGAAAAAGAAAUUUCUGAUUAUAAAGAUAAAUUUGAUAGCAUUCAAGCUAAGAUCAAUUUUGCAAAAGAAAAGCAUUCCGGCUUAGAUAUUUCUUAUUUGGAGAAAGAAAAUGUAAAUCUGCUAAAAAGAUAUGAAAAACUGAGAGCUACUGUUUCAAAAGUAGGAAAUCUUCUAUCAUCAUCUUUAGAACGUCGAUACCAAAUGGCAUUGCAAGACUUUCAGAGAUGGCUAUUAACAAAUGUUGAAAAAGCUUCAUCAUGUAAUCCAGACCUUGCAGGUGAUCGAUAUAGUUUAGAAGCAAAAAUGGGUGUCCUCCAGGAAAUUGAAAGCAAUGUUAGUAAUGGAGAAAGCAAAAAAAUAAAGCUUGAAUUAAUUGCUAACAGUCUUCUUCAAGUCUUACAACCUGCAAAACAUUCUGAAGUUCAGUCUGCUGUUGACAAAGCCAUAUCUGAUUGGGAGUCAUUUAUCUCAACGGUUUCUGGUACAAAAUCAUCCCUUCAAAAGAUUCUAAAUUUGUGGCAGAGAUAUGAAACCGAAUUUGAAAUUUUCAGUUCAUGGCUUAAGGAAAUGGAAUCAAAAGUAAAAAGUGAGACUACUCAACAGAUUGAACUUAAUGACAUACAGCAGCAGCGCUCCAUUAUUAUGGAAUUACAAAAAGAAGUUACAUCAAAGAAAAAAAAUCUUGAAGAUUUAUUACAAAUUAUGCAGGAAAUUAGCAUUCAAAGCCCUGAAGCACGACUUAAAACACAAAUGUCACAAAUAUCUUCUAGAUUUCAAUCUAUUGAAAGAAGUCUACAAGAAGCUUUGAGAAGAAUAGAUACCCUACUGAAAAUAAAAAAGGAAUAUGAAUCUGCUAAAGUUGACUUGCAAAAAUGGUUGCAAGAAAUGGAUAAACAAUUAGAACCAAAUCUUGAUUUGACAGGUGAUAAAGCUACACUUCAGUCAAAGCUCAAGAGGCUAAAAGAUCUGUUAUCAAAGAAGGAGCAACAUAGUCCACAGCUGUCAUCAGUUACUGAUGCUGGGGAAAUGAUGUACCUCAGCUUGAGUAUGGAAGGUCGUGAUCAGAUUCGUUCAGAAAUGAGAUGUUUGAGAGAUGCAUGGGAUGAAAAGUGGGAGAAAGUAAAUGCAGCUAUCAAAAAUAUUGAGUCUUCUUUAAUGGCAUGGGGAACGUUUGAAGAAAGCUGCAAACAGGUAGCUCUUUGGUUAAAUGAAGUGUCAAAUCAAGUAGGAACUGGUGUUCAGUUAAAGCCUACAUUGGCAGAGAAAAAACUACAAUUGCAAAGCUAUAAAGCUAUGUCUCAAGGUUUCUUGGCUCAUCAAGCAGUUAUUUCAAAAUUAAAAGACAAAGUAAAAGCUCUUCCAGAAUCAGCUCCUAAGCAUGAUGUUGAAGGCUUUCAGCAGCAAUAUGAUAACCUAAUUUCUGCUAUAAAGGAGCGUGUAGAAGUUUGUGAUAAACAUGUAUCAGAACAUGAAGCUUAUCGUAUGAAACUGGAGCAAUUUCAGGACUGGCUACGUGCACUGAAAGCUGCUGCUGAUAUAAAUUUAGACCAUAGUGAUACGGAGGGCCUCAAAAUGAAACUCAUAGCAUUAUCUACUGUUAUUAGUUCAUUGGAGGAAGGAGAACAAAAAAUAGAAGAGCUAAAGCUGCUAUUAAAUGACGUUCUACAGCAUACAGAUUCGAGAGGACAUCAUGCUCUUUCAUCUGAAUUAGAACAUGAAGAAGAACAAUGGGGAAGCUUCUUAAAACAAUGUCAGCAGGCUCGUGAUAGUAUUUCAGAUGCUGUUCAAGAUCGUGGAAAUUGUGAAGAGCUUGUUAUGAAAUUGGAACUGUGGCUAGCUGAGAAGGAUCAUAUUUUGCGUGAGCAAAUACUACGUAGCACUCUUGAAGCGAAACAGAAUCAGCUUGAAAAUGUUAAAGCAUUGGAAAGGGAAAUAUUCCAAAAGCAAGAUGAGAUUUCUGCUCUAAGUGUUAGAGGAGAACAAAUGAGAGGAGACGCGUCUUUAGUUUCUAGAAUUGCUAAAGUUCUGAACAAAUAUCAGACACUGAAAAAUGCAGUGAAAGACUCGGUACGAAAAUGGGACCUAUAUGUUAAAGAACAUGAAUCUUUUGAAACAAAACUUUUAGAAGUUACCAGCUGGUUGGAAGAUUUGGAAAAGAAUUUGAAUAAGAAUACUAUCUUAGUUGGAGAUAUGGCAACUUUGCAGGAAAGGAAAUCAUUUCUGGAAUCUCUCAGUGAUCAACUAUCACAGAAUUUAUGUCAGGUAGAGGCAACUAUUGAAUUAGGUGAAAGGCUGUAUUCUUCAACAUCUCCUGAAGGAAGAGAAAUUAUUAGGCAAAAGAUAAGAAAUCUACAAAAACAAUGGGAAGCUUUACAAGAAAAAUGUAAUGCAGGUCUUAGAGCUGCUGAUUCAUGCCUUCAGAAGCUCAACUCAUUUUCUCAAGGUCAAGAAAGGCUGUCAAAGUGGUUGCAGGAAGUUGGCUUGUCUGUUCAGCAGCACACAGAACCAAAAUCAACAUUACAGGAAAAAAGAGUACAAACGCAGAGUCAAAAGGUUAUACACCAAGAUAUUCUGUCUCAUAAACCCUUGGUUGAUGUUGUUUCUGAGAAAGCAAAAGAAUUGAUGUCUGUUACUGGAGAUAAUUCAAUUCCUUCGUACAUACAAGAUGUUCUUAUGAUGUAUAAUGCAAUGUGCACAAAAUCUGAGGGUCUGCUUGGAAAACUGAAUGAGAGUAUUAAUGAUCACCAAUCAUAUAUAGAGCAGUGCCGAGCAUUUCAGGAAUUUCUCUCAUCUUGUCAUAUAAAACUUCAAGAAUGUAAAGACACAACUGGGGAUAAAAGGAUGAUUCUCAACCGUUUAGAUAUAUUAAAAGAUCUUAUAAGCAAAGAGUCUGAAGGAGACAGAAAACUAGCUGACUUGGAGACAUUGUGUGAAGUUGUUUGUAAAAAUACAAGUGAGUAUGGAUGUGAAAUUAUUAGACAUGAGAUGAAAGAUAUGACAGAUUCUUGGAGCCAAUAUAAAAUAUCAUGCUUGGAAAGUAAACACAAUUUAGAAAAUAUUAUUGAACAGUGGAGAAGUUUUGAGAAAAAUGUGGAAAUAAUUAAUUUGUGGUUCAAGGACAUAGAUGUUGCUUUAAAACAACCUCAGUUAAAGUCAACACUAACAGAAAAGGAAGAGCAGUUAUCAGCUAUCAAGGUGAGUUAUGAAAUGAUUUCAGCAUCAACAUGGACUAGCAUUUUACUGUGCACCUUACUGUCGAGGUUUUUACCUUUUUUCCAGAUAUUCUUUGUGGAUAAUGCCAUGGCAGUCCCACCAGAUACAAAGAUGAUCUUUUUGUUUGUCAAAUUCUGCUUUGUGGGUGCAGAUAAAGCCCUUUUUCAGCCUGUGUUGUGGAAGCAAACUCACUUUUCAUCACAAGUUAUGAUGCAGUCCAUAAUUUUGUCCUUGUGUUGA